GGCGCCGAGAUUUCUUAGUGAGAUGCUGUUAGAUGGUAUACAUAUAUGUAAGACGGCCUUGGCUAGUCUAUGUUCUAGGCACGCAGAACAUCCGAUGUUCUGAUUCAUGCGAUUUCCCCCUCAAGAUCUACCGGGAGAUAAAAGAAGACGCUUAGACCAGCGAGCCUUGGAUGUGAUGAAAAAGGUUUGAGAAUUUCGACAUUCACCAGCCUUAUCGUGACCAGCGGGAAGCACCGCGUUGGAGAUAUGUCGACUGUGGGGGAGUUGCUUCAACGCUAUGAAGGCCAUAUCGUUCCCCGAUCGUUCAACGCUGGAUUCGUAGGCCUAAGUUACGUAGUAUCUUUCAUUGGUGCUGUCUCGACGCUCGAGCUUAUCAACCGGCGGACAUCUCGCAAUGGAGUCCUCAACCAUAUAUAUUUAGUGACUGCAGCAGUGGCGAUGGGAGGCAUAUCGAUUUGGUCUAUGCACUACGUCGGUAACCGAGCUAUCGUCUUGGCCCAGGAUCAGUACGAGCUCCAAAUCGUCUACUCGAGCAAAUUCACAGCUAUCUCGUUCUUCAUUCCUAUCUUUGUCCUGCUUGCGGCCUUCGUUGCAAUAGGCACAAACAGCCUUGUAUCCUUCUGGCGGCUCGGCGUAGGGGGUACAUUGGCGGGUGGCGCCAUCUGUGGUAUGCAUUACCUCGGCAACGCUUCCAUCGAAAACUAUAGGUGCCAGUAUGACACCGUUAACGUUGUCGGGUCUGCUAUUAUUGCCGUGGUGGCUAGCAAUGCGGCCCUAGCCUUUUUCUUUCUCUGGAGGGCAUCGUGGAAGAACUCGUGGUGGAAACGAGGUAUCUCAGGCGCCGUAUUAGCGGGCGCUGUAUCAGGGAUGCAUUGGUGUGCAUCAACCGGCACUAACUACCGUCUGGUAAAAUUGAACAUGGGCAAUGAGUUUUCACGGAACACUGUCGUUAUCUUUGUCACUGUCCUAUCUUUCAGCGCCGCGUUGAUCGUCGCCGGAGUGGUCGGACACGGAGCCUGGGUCGCGAGAAGUAAUGCGAGCAAAUCACGGCAUGUUGUCCUCGCCGCUGCAAUCUUCGAUCGCAACGGACGAAUUCUCGUCAGCCCCGACGGAUUAUUGCCGAGUGAGAAGAUCACAGAUACGUAUAUCGAGAAGACCCCGAGCGACACAUUCAGUAUCGAAAACCCGCUCUUUCAGUGGAUGUUCCAAGCUUCUCGUAACUGGGACGCCACGAGCGGGAUGAUAACCACCAUGGCAAAUCACCUAGCACGCCAAUCAGGCAACAGUCGCGGCAGAAAUGUUGGGUUGAUUAGCGAAAACGGGCAGCUUAUCGAAAACUACGACGUUGUAUUCAGGGAGCUCUUUUGUCUGGCCGCAGCGAGUCUAGCCUCCAGAUUGAAAAAACAACUCACAGAUGUUGGUGUUCUGUGGGAUGAAAUACUUCCUACUGGUGAUGUCAGGACGCGACACUCGAAGGAGAAUCCGAGCGACUCUUCUGAAAGAGGUGAGAGCAUGGAAAUGAACCAAUCACAAAGUGGACGAGGUUCGUUAAUGUUCCUCGUCCGUCGUCUCGAGCAUUCCUCCGACGUCGAGAAGCUUGAAGCAGCGGGCUUUCGGUUCGCCGACAUUCACCAAGUCAGUAGCAUCAUUCGACAUGGCAUGAAAAUCAAGGCUGUAGACUUGUCUCACACGCUGACCGAAAUGGCGACAUAUGCCGAGCAACCCAUGGCCGACGCUGGCGUUCACCUGGGAUUCUUUGGCAUAAGGGCCCGCGUAAGUGGCUUUGGCUUCGACGUGUUAGUUGAAAGGGGCGCACGCAAUGUCCUCCCGUCAUCAAAGAUCCCACUGGAUCGCCUAGAGCCAUGGCACGCCGAAUUUCUUAACAAGCACUACGGGUUAAACGUGCCUUCACUGCUGAGGACACUUAGAGACCCGUCGAAGAGGCGGACAGAUAAAGAGGCCGAGUUUGCAAGUGUUUUGGCCGAUGCUAUCACUACCCUAUGUAUACGUGUCGACAAUAGGCGGAUCUUUGACGAAGCUACCUUGAGUUAUCGGACAGUUCAAGUUCCUUGCGAACCUCGUCCAGAGUCGACUGGGAUGGAAGAGUGUACAAUGAUUGUGCUACAUUCCGUCGUACCUAUUCACUAUUCUCUCAGCUCCCUCCGUGGUCCGGGUUGUGAAUUCAUACCAUUGAGCUUCUUCAAGGUCCAGCAGAUGGUACACAAAAACUCGCCUUAUCAGGCGGCCUUCACACAACACCUGCACCGAGAACUUGUGCCCAUUAUCAAAGGAGUAUCAGUCUCGGCCCAUAAGCCAAACCUCCAGCAAGCGCCACAAGGACGUCAGCGAGACUGGCGUUCCGGCUUCCGAAAGGUUGGCCGCAAGGCAGACUUCCGCGCCACCGAUGCAGAGGGCAACCCCAUCCCUACCAAGCUAGGAAGCAAAUCAUCGAGCAGCAGUUCAGGCCAGAGCUCAACGCUAAAGCUGUGGGAUCGGGAGGAGAGCAACAUGAAGACUGCCUCCCUUGACACGCCACCUGACAAGCCGACGAGUAUGGCUAGGGGGGUGCGAAAUGUUUCAAGCCUAGGAGGUAUCCUCGUCUCACAGGAGAUCAGGGUGGCUGUAAGUCAAGUUAAGGAGGUCGAUGGUCGGUCGUCAGACGUCGGCUCGCCACCACUUGACCAAACUCCGCCGAACCCCCCGGGUGUUGUUGGGUCCUAUCCAGCACAUAGCAGUCAUACUCGAAGCAGGACUAAUACAAGCACUCAUAUUGAGCUUCAGCCGCUGCCCAGGGCCCACGCCGACGGAGGUGUGAAACAAGGUUUAGGGCUGACGGCGGAGGCAAGUAGAAGUGCCAGCGAAGUGAAGACUUUUGUUGAUGAAAUGUUCUCGGCCUGUUUCGAAAGACGCUGAGCAGCCGGCUUGGGCUUGCUUUGUAGAUUAGAUAUAUCCAUGUACAUCAGAGCAGCAAAAUAUGUUAUAGCUAAUGUGUAUUACCGCUUUAAUAGACAUAAUGAUGACAAUCAGCACUCAUGGAUGAUGCCUAGAGAGUGCAGUACCCAGCGGUCCUCUGUAUAUCCGCGUUCGUCCCAGCACGCACUCCCUAACCCUUAUUAUGUCAGCUAUGAAGUUCUCAAGCCAUACUCAUUUAGCGA